CGGACUUCGCCCAGAGGUCCCGGAGGCGCGGGCUUCCCCGGGUAGCACCAUGGCAUCCGCGUGUCUGAAAGAGAAGCCGCCCCUCCGCCCGCCUGCGAGCACCCCCUGAGCCAGCUGGUUUCUGACUCGGACUCGGAGAUGGACAGCAUAGAGCAGCUGGCGCUGGGCAGCACCGACACGCUCUCCAAUGGGCACAAGGCUGAUCUGGAGGCUGCCAAACGUCUGGCUAAGCGGCUCUACAACCUGGAUGGCUUUAAAAAAGCAGAUGUGGCCCGCCACUUGGGGAAGAAGUACGUCAAUGAAUUCAGCAAGAUGGUGGCAGGGGAAUAUCUGAAGUUCUUCGUGUUCACAGGGAUGAGCCUGGACCAGGCCCUCAGGUCCUUCCUAAAGGAGCUGGCCCUGAUGGGAGAGACACAGGAGCGAGAGCGAGUGCUGGCUCAUUUUUCCCAGCGCUAUUAUGAGUGCAAUCCCAAUGCCAUCUCCUCUGAGGACGGAGCCCACACCCUGACCUGUGCCCUGAUGUUGCUGAACACAGAUCUGCAUGGACACAACAUCGGAAAAAGAAUGUCCUGUUCUGACUUCAUUGGCAACUUGGAAGGGCUCAAUGGAGGCACCGAUUUCCCCAAGGAGCUGCUCAAGCUGAAACACAGGCACGGGCCCUGCCUUGCUGAACACAGCAAGAGUCAGAGAGCGUGGAGGCCCUGGGAAGAGGGGGUGGGCAGUCUGCAGCACCCUGGGGCACUGUAUGGCUCCAUCAAGAACGAGAAGCUGCAGUGGGCCAUAGACGAGGAGGAGCUGAGGAAGUCCCUUUCAGAGCUGGCUGAUCCCAAACCUAAGUCCAUCAAACGCAUCAGCAGCUGCAGUAACCCUUUCCUGGACUUCUCCCAGGACUCCAGCAUCGCCACCUACAAGCACGGACUGUUAGUGCGCAAGAUCCAUGCUGAUCCCGACUGCAAGAAAACCCCCCGAGGGAAGCGCGGCUGGAAGCCUUUCCACGCCAUCCUGAAAGGGAUGAUUCUCUACCUGCAGAAGGAGGAAUACAAGCCAGGGAAGGCGCUGGCAGAAGAGGAGCUGAAGAACGCCAUUAGCAUCCACCACUCGCUUGCCACACGGGCAUCAGACUACAGCAAGAGGCCCAACGUCUUCUACCUCAGGACAGCCGACUGGAGGGUCUUUCUCUUCCAAGCACAGAACUCCGAGCAGAUGCACUCGUGGAUCACACGCAUCAACGUGGUGGCAGCCAUGUUCUCUGCACCCCCCUUUCCCGCUGCCAUCGGUUCCCAGAAGAAGUUCAGCCGCCCGCUGCUCCCCAGCUCCUGCACCCGGCUGUCCCAGGAUGAGCAAGUAAAGAGCCACGAGUCCAAGUUCAAGACGAUGUCAGCAGAGCUACUGGAGCACCGCUCCUCUCUGCCGGAUAAGAAGGUGAAGGGCAAGGAGUACGAGGAGCUGAAGCAGAAGGAGGAGUACCUGGAGUUUGAGAAAUCCCGCUAUGGCACCUACGCCAUGUUGCUGCGGGCCAAGCUGAAGGCUGGCUCUGAGGACCUGGCGGCGUUUGAAUCCACGCUCUUUGAUGCAGCAGGCGGUGAGGAUGAUGGCCUGAAAAAAUCCCGCUCCAGCCCCUCGCUGAACGCCGAGCCCUCCAGCACAGGCACCAAGGUGAAGCGCAACAUCUCAGAGCGUGCCAGCCGCCAGCCCCCCGGCCACCCCCAGAAAUCAUAAGCCAGGGGCAUCAGCCGCCUGCGCUGCAGCUCCGAUCCUGCCCAAGGGCGCUGGGUGGGUGCCACAUACCUGCUGGGACCCUGCAUGAGUCCAUCCUCCGGGGGCACGCGUCACGGUGGGGACAGCCAUACUCAGCCACCAACAGCAGUCCGGUGGCCCCUGGGCCAGAGACAGAUGUAGGGCAGGACCAAGGGGCUGCAGGUCGGAGCUACCCCACAGACUCAUUCCUGCUCCCCUUGUUCUGUGCUUGGCUGCAGGCUCCCCUCCAGCUCCCCACCCCUGGGAGGGGCAGGGACUGACACCCCCUGACUGGGCUACUUUCCUUGGUGUAAAACUGCAGCGCAGCCGCCAGCUGCUUUCCUCAAGCUCCUUUAUGCCAUGUGGAAUGGAGCCAUCCCUGGCCCCCAACUCCAAGGGCUGGGGGAACCCAGGUCCCCCUCCCCACUGCCCCCAUGCCUCUUGCUUUCUUACAACUUUUGGACGGGUUUUGUGAUACAGUUUUGCACUUUUUAGUACCAGAUUGAGCUGACCACCAGGGAGUUUUUUGGGGGGCUAAUUUUGAUGCUUUUUGGGAACUAUUUAAAAACAAACAAAACAACAAACAGAAAAACAGUGCACCAAACUCAGCCAUGUCCUGUAGACUGUGCACUUCUAGGGGGGAAAUGUUUUUACAUGGACUCAAAGGAGGACGCAGAACCCCCCCAGACAGUGAGCUGAGCAUCACUGGUGUGCUGUGAGCCCCCACCCUGCACCAGCAGCCCUCCUGCAGAGCCCUGAGCUGAGCAGCAUUGCCUACAUGCUGGCUCUUUGUGAAUGUGGGCACAGCUCUGCAGUCUGGACGUGGCCCUGGGCCCUGCCUGGAUGUGCAUUGGGCAGAGGUGGGUAUAGAGUGGGGGAUGGAGAGAAGGGGGCUUUCCUUCCAGUGCCACUUCUCCAAAGCAUCACAAGGGCCUUGGAGGAUGCAAAGCUGAGUGCCGCUCCAAUAAGAGGAGGAGGAGCAGAGGCUGGAGAGCCUGCUCUUUGGCUGCAGGCUCUCGGUUCCCAGGCAUGCCCACAGGGUGAGCAUGGCCGGGAGGACGCUUGGAGCAAACACUGGUGCUCACGUAGCCGCAGGAGCACUGGAGGCAGAUGGCAGGCACUAGGGCUGGAGAAGGGCUGGGGGCUGCCGCUGCUCCUGGUGCGUGGGACCUCGCCAGUUUCAGCACUGUGCGAAUGUGUCAAACUUUUUAUUCUGCUCUUUUGAGUCUAUUGCAAAAAAAAAAAAAAAGAAAAAAAGAAAAAAAAAAGAAAAAAAAAAUUCCACCCUUGCCCCAGGUGGCUCAGGGGGAGAAAAACCUUUGUACAGCUUCUUCUGUCGGUUACUGAAGUAAAACUUGCUCUUCA